AUGCCUGCUCGACCUGUCUCCCUGUCUCUUCGAACUCGCUGCCUCUUGAGGCGUCCCCAGAACGCCCAGGGCUUCUCGACGCGGAGCACCCUGCGCGCCGCUGACCAUGGCGACCACUACGACCCGCCCGGUGGAUAUCUCUUCGGAGUGAAGCCUGGUCACAAGUACGUCAAGGAGGGCUGGGAGAACAUCUGGUACUAUGGCUUCGUCGGAAGCUUGGUCGCAGCUGGUGUCGCAUACGUUUUCAAGCCGGACACAUCGAUACAAACAUGGGCUCUUGAGGAGGCGCGGAGAAGACUGGAAGCCGAAGGCAUCUUGGAGGACCCGAACAAGCAGUAG